UUUCUGAUUUCCAAACGCUACUUUUCCACAAGACAGAGGAGGCUCAGUAAAGUGCUCCCGGUUACGGGAGAGAGAACAGAGAAGCAGAAGCAGAGGCGAUUCGCCCAACGCAGACGCUGAACCCGCGAAUUCUGAAAACCGCGACGCCAAAAAACUUUCGAAAGUUGAAGAGAGCCACUGCUGUGACUUCGACUGAGAUCCUUGGGCUGUACGGAAGGAUAUAGUGAAAAUGGGGCGUCUGAAGCUGCAGGCUGGUAUCAACGCGAUAGAAGAGGAGGAACCUGAGGAUUGUGAUGCUACCUGUCCAAACAAGACAACUUUAUCAUGCAUGAUCAAUUCUGAAAUUGGCGCCGUGUUGGCAGUUAUGCGGAGAAAUGUAAGAUGGGGGAACAGUUAUAUGUCCGGCGAUGAUCAGAUGGAGCACUCUCUCAUUCAGUCUUUGAAGGCGUUAAGGAGACAAAUCUUUUCAUGGCACCAUCAGUGGCACGCUAUCAACCCGACCUUGUAUCUCCAACCGUUUUUAGACGUGAUUCGAUCCGAUGAGACAGGUGCACCAAUUACUGGGGUUGCCUUGUCAUCUGUUUACAAGAUCUUAACAUUGGAUGUGAUUGAUCAAAAUACAGUCAAUGUUGAGGAUGCUAUGCACUUGGUGGUUGAUGCUGUCACUAGCUGCAGAUUUGAGGUUACUGAUCCUUCAUCAGAAGAAGUCGUCUUAAUGAAGAUACUGCAAGUUCUCCUAGCUUGUAUGAAAAGUAAAGCAUCUGUAAUGCUGAGUAACCAACAUGUUUGCACCAUUGUGAAUACUUGUUUUCGUAUAGUUCAUCAAGCGGGAACUAAGGGCGAGUUAUUGCAGCGGAUAGCAAGGCACACAAUGCAUGAACUUGUGAGGUGUAUUUUUUCUCAUCUUCAAGAUGUUGACAACACAGACCAUGCAUUGGUUAAUGGAAGCUCUAAUUUGAAACAGGAGACUGGGGGCCUUAAUAAUGAAUAUGCUUUUGGAAGUAGACAAUUGGAGAAUGGGAGCCUCGGCUCUGAAUAUGAUAAUCAGACAUUGCCCACAAACUAUGCUCCCAGCGCUGCAAGUGUUGCUACAGGAACUCGGAUGGACGAAAACACAGCAAUUGCUAUUAGUGGCAAGGAUGGUGUACCAUAUGACAUGCAUCUCAUGACUGAACCAUAUGGUGUUCCUUGCAUGGUGGAAAUAUUUCACUUUUUGUGUUCUUUACUGAAUGUUGUUGAACAUAUGGGAGUUGGUCCAAGAUCAAACACUAUUGCGUUUGAUGAGGAUGUGCCUCUCUUUGCCCUAACUUUAAUUAAUUCUGCUAUAGAACUUGGAGGGCCUUCUAUUCGCUGUCACCCAAGGUUGCUUGGCUUAAUUCAGGAUGAAUUGUUUCGCAAUUUGAUGCAAUUUGGCUUGUCAAUGAGCCCCCUUAUACUUUCAAUGGUUUGUAGCGUUGUGCUUAAUCUGUAUAAUCACCUUCGGACUGAACUCAAAUUACAGCUAGAAGCAUUCUUUUCUUGUGUAAUUUUGAGGCUUGCUCAGGGCAGAUAUGGGGCUUCAUACCAGCAGCAGGAGGUAGCCAUGGAGGCCCUUGUUGACUUCUGCAGGCAAAAGACUUUUAUGGUAGACAUGUAUGCUAACUUUGACUGUGACAUUACUUGCAGUAAUGUCUUUGAAGACCUUGCUAAUUUGUUGUCAAAAAGUGCAUUUCCUGUGAAUUGUCCAUUGUCUGCCAUGCAUAUUCUUGCUUUGGAUGGUCUUAUUGCUGUUAUACAGGGAAUGGCUGAGAGAAUUGACAAUGGAUCUGUAAGCUCAGAAUAUUCCCCGGUGAAUCUUGAAGAGUAUAAUGCAUUCUGGAUGGUCAAAUGUGAGAACUAUGGUGACCCAAAUCAUUGGGUUCCUUUUGUCCGCCGAAGAAAGUACAUAAAGAGAAGGUUAAUGAUUGGAGCUGACCACUUUAAUCGUGAUCCUAAAAAAGGUCUAGAAUUUCUCCAAGGAACACAUCUUUUGCCUGACAAACUUGAUCCCCAAAGUGUUGCCUGCUUUUUCCGAUACACUGCUGGGUUGGAUAAGAAUCUUGUUGGUGAUUUUCUAGGAAAUCAUGAUGAAUUCUGUGUUCAGGUUCUUCAUGAAUUUGCAGGAACAUUUGAUUUUCAAGACAUGAACUUAGACACUGCACUGCGUCUAUUUUUGGAGACUUUCAGACUGCCGGGAGAAUCACAGAAGAUUCAUAGGGUACUUGAAGCUUUCUCUGAGAGAUAUUAUGAGCAGUCACCACAUAUCCUAGCUAACAAGGAUGCUGCUCUUGUGUUAUCAUACUCAAUGAUAAUGCUGAAUACAGAUCAGCACAAUGUGCAAGUUAAAAAGAAGAUGACUGAAGAGGAUUUUAUCAGGAAUAACAGGCAUAUUAAUGGUGGCAAUGAUCUACCUCGAGAAUUCUUGUCAGAGAUUUACCAUUCAAUUUGUAAGAAUGAAAUCCGCACUACCCCUGAGCAAGGCGUUGGGUUUCCCGAAAUGACACCUAGUCGAUGGAUUGAUCUAAUGCACAAGUCCAAAAAAACUGCUCCAUUUAUUGUAUCUGAUACCAAGGCUUACCUUGAUCAUGAUAUGUUUGCCAUAAUGUCAGGUCCAACAAUUGCUGCCAUCUCUGUGGUAUUUGAUCAUGCUGAGCAUGAGGAAGUAUACCAAACAUGUACAGAUGGAUUCUUAGCUGUUGCUAAGAUCUCAGCUUGCCACCAUCUUGAAGAUGUUCUAGAUGAUCUGGUAGUGUCCCUCUGCAAGUUCACUACACUUUUGAACCCUUCAUCAGUUGAGGAACCCGUCCUUGCCUUUGGAGAUGACAUGAAAGCAAGAAUGGCAACUGUGACUGUAUUCACUAUUGCAAAUAGGUAUGGUGAUUACAUACGCACAGGUUGGCGAAAUAUUCUUGAUUGCAUCUUAAGACUGCACAAGCUUGGUCUUCUUCCUGCCCGUGUUGCCAGUGAUGCAGCUGACGAGUCUGAGCUCUCUAGUGAAACUGUGCAUGGAAAGCCUGUCACUAAUUCUUUAUCCUCGGCUCACAUGCCAUCUAUUGGCACUCCAAGGAGAUCUUCAGGAUUGAUGGGGAGAUUUAGUCAACUCUUAUCUCUUGAUACUGAAGAGCCAAGAUCCCAACCUACUGAACAACAACUUGCUGCUCACCAGCGCACCCUCCAGACAAUACAGAAGUGUCACAUUGACAGCAUCUUCACCGAGAGUAAAUUUCUACAAGCUGAAUCACUUUUGCAGCUUGCAAGAGCACUCAUUUGGGCUGCAGGGCGACCUCAGAAGGGGAACAGCACACCCGAGGAUGAAGAUACAGCAGUCUUCUGCCUUGAGUUGCUGAUUGCAAUCACUUUGAACAACAGGGACAGGAUAGGGAUUCUUUGGCAGGGUGUGUAUGAGCACAUAUCCAAUAUUGUUCAGUCAACUGUAAUGCCCUGUGCCUUGGUAGAGAAGGCUGUUUUUGGACUCCUACGAAUUUGCCAGCGGUUGCUUCCAUACAAAGAAAACAUUGCUGAUGAACUUCUGAGGUCACUGCAACUUGUCUUGAAGCUUGAUGCCCGAGUUGGUGAUGCAUACUGUGAACAGAUUACUCAGGAAGUUAGUCGCCUUGUGAAGGCAAAUGCUACUCAUAUAAGAUCUCAAUUAGGAUGGCGUACAAUUACAUUACUCCUUACCAACACAUCUAGUCACAUAGAAGCAUCUGAGGCUGGAUUUGAUGCACUACUGUUCAUAAUGGCUGAUGGUGCUCACUUGCUUCCUGCUAACUAUGCUUUCUGUUUAGACACUGCAAGGCGGUUUGCUGAGUCUCGUGUUGGACAAGCAGAGCGAUCUAUACGGGCAUUAGAUGUCAUGGCUGGGUCUGUCAAUUGCUUGGCUCGGUGGACUAGUGAAGCUAAGGAAGCACAAGAUGAGGAACAAGCAGCUAAGAUGUUGCAGGAGUUUGGAGAGAUGUGGUUGAGACUUGUACAGGGUCUAAGGAAGGUGUGUUUAGACCAGAGGGAGGACGUUAGAAAUCAUGCUUUAUUAUGUUUGCAGAAUUGCUUGACAGGAGCCGAUGGCAUUUAUGUUCCACAUGGUCGUGUGUUGCAAUGUUUUGAUAUUGUGAUCUUCACCUUACUUGAUGACCUGCUUGAGAUUGCACAGGGACACUCUCAGAAGGAGUACCGCAACAUGGAAGGCACCCUUAUCCUUGCAAUGAAAUUUUUGUCCAAAGUUUUUCUUCAAUUACUCCCAGACUUAUCACAAUUGUCAACUUUCUGCAAGCUAUGGUUAGGUGUGCUUAGCAGAAUGGAAAAAUAUAUGAAGGUAAAGAUUAGGGGGAAAAGAAGCGAGAAGCUUCAAGAGACAGUACCUGAACUGCUUAAAAACUCCUUGCUUGUCAUGAAGAUGAAAGGUAUUCUGGUGCAGAGGAGUGCCCUGGGUGGGGAUAGUCUUUGGGAACUAACGUGGCUGCAUGUGAACAAUAUUUCACCGUCAUUGCAGCUUGAGGUGUUUCCCGAGCAGGAUUCCGACCAUUUGCAGAAGAAACAGGGUGAAGCAGUUGGAGGUUUGGUGCCUGAUGAAAUGGGUUCUGUUCCUUCAAGUGAAACAGAAAGCCUUGAAGAUGCUGGUGUUGCUGGUUAACUUUAUCUACAAUGUUGUGGCAACCUGAACAGUUUUUUGCAGUUCAUAGUGGCACACAUCCACAUCGAAUUUUGUUAUGCUAUUGAUAGAUGCACGAGUUUUACAUAAGGUGAAAUGAAUGGCUUUCUCAGUUGAAGUCGCAGCAAGUAGAUAUGGUUAAAUCUGAUUUUUCGUCUGUCAAUUGGCAUUUCCCCCCCUUUAUCGUAGCCCAUAGAACCUUAUUGUUGCUGUAACUUAGUUGAAAAAUAUAUUGUAGCUUGAGAUAGAUUUCUACCUUUACACCCGACCAAGGAGCUGCCCGAGGGAUAGUUAGCCCCAAAUCUCCAAAAAUAUUUUGUACAGAACUUUUGAUUCUCUCUAUAUUGCACCAUGCAUUUCGGUUGAUAUGAUAAAAACUACUACUCAACUUGCUUGCCUUGAUAUCUCUAUCUCUCCAUGUAUGAUAAAUCCUGACACAUUAAUGCAAGGCCUUCGGAAUAUCAUGGUUUAGUUUGUGCCUUCGUCAUACAUUUACCUCUCUGUCUUGCUUAAUGGCUUUUUACCCCGAGAUCAAAAUUAGUAGUAGACCUUAUGAAUGUUAAGAUGUUAGAAUGACAUUCUCUGUCUUCCCUUUGAGAAGAACUUGUUCCUUGUAAUCG